AAAAUUUAAGUUACAGCUGAUAUCGCGACUAUAUACUGACUCUCGCUCUUACUCACUCUUACUGUUAAUUCUCUCAGAUUCUCUAUUGCUUAGAUUGCUUAUAUUUUUUAUAACUUCAGUAUGUACACACAAAAGGUUGACUUAAUUUUUUUACAUCAAGUAUAUAAAAACGAUCCAAUUCUAUUUAACAGUUAUAUUGGAAAGAUGGUUAAGAUAACGAUGAAGGAUGAAAGUGUCUACUAUGGUAUCGUUUAUACAGUUGAUCCGAUAUCAGAAAGCAUUGUGCUACUACAGUCAAAAACGCUUAUGCAGUAUCGUCUGAAAAUAAUAUUUAAUCACUCCAUAAAAAAUGUUCAAGUAACAUCAGAAGCCAAAACGUUUGUACCGGAAUUAUUUUCAUGUGUGAAACUUUCCGAGGCAAUGCUCACUAAAAGAAAGGAUGUUGUUAUGCAAUUAUUAUUGGAGAAUCGAUUUCCAGUUAAAGAGGAAGAUGGUAUCUUAUUUAUAGAAGAUACCGUGUCGAUAGAACCCCCAUAUUAUCCUGAAAAUUGUACUUGUACUAACAGUAUUAUCCUUAAUAAAGUACAAAAUAUUUUAAAUCAUGCCAAUGUUGAAUAAAAUUAACAACAUUGAAAUUGUAUUCUUUAAAUGGUCAUUUAUUAAUCUACAAAUAGAUGUUGCAAAGAUAGCACGAGAA